UCGGCGCGGUGUUUGGACUCCACGGAUGUCGUGGCACUUUAGGGGAAGAAGUUGAUGUUCCGCAGGGCCCGGGGUCUGAAGACGCGGCCCGGGUGAUUCCUGGCCCCUUCCCACCCAACGCCCGCCUGCCUUUUCCCUCUUCCUCUGGCAGGAUGAGGCGUGCAGGCCUGGGUGAAGGAGUACCUCCUGGCAACUAUGGCAACUACGGCUAUGCUAAUAGUGGGUAUAGUGCCUGCGACGAAGAAAAUGAGAGGCUCACUGAAAGUCUGAGAAACAAAGUAACUGCUAUAAAAUCUCUUUCCAUUGAAAUAGGCCAUGAAGUUAAAAGUCAAAAUAAAUUACUAGCUGAAAUGGAUUCACAGUUUGAUUCUACAACUGGAUUUCUAGGUAGAACCAUGGAGAAACUAAAGGUUUUAUCCAAAGGGAGCCAAACAAAGCUACUGUGCUAUAUGAUGCUGUUUUCAUUCUUUGUCUUCUUUGUCAUUUAUUGGAUUAUUAAACUGAGGUGAUGCGAGUAAGUGUGAGUUUGGAAUUUAUUCCAACUUGACUUGGAGUACCACUUGGAUAAAAAUCAGCAUCAAAACAUUAUUUUUCAAAUACUAUGGCAUUUUCCAUUGAAGAUUAUCAAAGUUUACUUGUUUUGUAAAUCACAUUAGAUAAUAGCGUGCUCUUUGGAUACUGUUUCUUAAAGACUCAUUUUUAGCCCCUGUUUUCAGGGGUAUUGAGAUUUCUGGAAGUCAGUCUGGCCCUAAGAAUUUUUUUCUAUUGCUUGUUUAACCAUCAAAUUAAAUAGUAAUAUAAUAUUCUGUUGUUAACAUAAAUGUAGCUUUGUGUUCCAUGUAAAGAAAUGUAGAGGGACAAGCAAAAUGCCUGGAGAGCCUGAUGCGAAGCUCUUGAAGGGGUGAAUGAAUUUGUGGUAGAGUGGUAAAUGUAUUAUCCUGAACUAUCAUCAGCUGUGAAUCUGUACUCCCCUUCCUCCUAUAUUCAGUUAAAAUUGUGAGCUAAUUUAUUUUUAUUUACAGUCUUCAUAAUUUUUGAUGAUACAGAUCCUCUUCCUGUUCUGCCCAAAGACUUCAUCCUUUUAAAGUUUGUCAUUUUGGCAUAUUUCUAGUAGGGCCCAAUACAAAUAUGUACCAGUAUAGUUAUUUGUUAUUAACUUUAUAAAUUCCAUUAACUUGGCUUAUAGUAAUUUUAUGGUUUUGGCUACUUAGGUAGGUCAUUUAGUUAUCAUUUGUGACAGAAUAAUGUGAAGUAAAUUGCUAAGCUCUGAAUGGAAAUAAAGUGUUCAAGAAAAUUAGCUGCCACUGCUUUAUCAUGUGCUCAAGGUAGAUAUUGAAAAUAUUCAGGCAUUGAACUUGUAGCUGACUAUUGUUAUGUUAAUCCAGUAUAUUUGUUAAUACAAUAUAGGUGGACAAUUGAAUAGAAAGAAAUAUUGAAAUGUUAAAUACUCUGUGUUGCUCUAUUUGGAAAUUUACCUAUAUAUAGUCUCCAAAAAUAAAUUGUUUAACGAAAUA